AUGAACAAGCAACUUGCCGAAUUUCAAGAGCAUUUGCUCAAGUCAAAAAAAAUUAUAGCACUAGUUGGUGCUGGACUCUCUGCCUCUUCUGGUCUCCCCGUUUUCCGAGGGUCUCAAGGACUUUGGAAGAACUACAAUAUGAUUGAUUUGGCUACUCCGGAUGCAUUUUACAUAGAUCCGGGUUUAGUAUGGCAAUUUUAUUCUUGGAGAAGGUUUAGCGCAUUACGAGCAGAGCCAAAUGACGGUCAUAUAGCAUUAGCCAAAUUGUCACAUAUGUCGAACUUGAAAUACUUGACUAUACUGCAAAAUGUAGAUGGGUUGUCGAAUCGAAAAAGAAGGAGUGACCAUGACGACACCUUUUUACAUGAUCCAAAAAAGUUGUAUGAGAUUCAUGGAAGCUUAUUUACCUUGAAAUGUACUAGCUUUAUGUGCAAUCAUGUGGAGAAGAAUAACUUUCGCCAGCCAUUGACUCCUGCAUUGGAAGACUCAGAGUUUGAAUAUUUGAACAGGAGAAAGAAAAGAAGUCGAGAGGAAGAACAAGAUACUCGAGAAGAGGGGGAAUUUGACCCUCUUGUUGUAAUGAGCCGACAGGACACUUUUACAUCUAUUUCUUCAUCGCCACAGUUUGAGCCAGUAAAAACAAUUGAUGAGAAGGAUUUACCUCGAUGUCCUGUAUGUGACGGGCUCAUGCGCCCUGGUGUUGUUUGGUUUGGUGAGUCACUACCGUUGGACUUGAUUACUGGAAUCGAUAGCUUUAUUGAACAUGGCGAAGCCCCUGAUUUAAUUUUGGUGAUUGGAACUAGUGGAACAGUCUAUCCUGCCAAUAGCUACGUUGAGAGAGUGAAAUUAAAAGGCGGGAGAGUAGCUAUAUUCAAUAUGGACAUUGAAGAUGAUGUGGUCAAUGGCAAGGUUGAUGGAACUUGGGGGUUUAAAGGUGACGCAGCAAAAUUGUUACCAGUUGCUCUAGAGCCAUUGAUUGGCAAAAUUAGAUAG